AUGUUGAACGCGACUCGGAUACUGCAUGUCAGCCCGUUUGCAGCAGCCUUCCGGCUCUCUCCAGCUGCUUGGCAAGCCCGAUUCCGAGCCAACUCAGAAGCCACAUCCGUGCAAGCCCUCACCCUCAUGGCGACGGCUGGCAUGCGCGUGCUGGUGCUGGCAGCGCUGGCGGUGGGGCUGCUAGCGGCGGCGGUGUGUGGAGCGCGGGACGCCAUGAAGGUUGCCAGGGGCCUCGUCCCAACGGACGGGGCGGGGGCGGCGGGGCAGCAGAGGAAGGGCGGGCGCAUUCUGGCUGCUGAGACCUACGCUCAUGACGCCCCUCUGCCCGGCUACCUCGACCACAUCCCCCGCCGCCAGGCCCUCGCCACCACCUGUGGGCGCACGACGGUGACGAUCCGGUCGCAGUACCUGGGGCCGUACGACCUGCACAACAACAUCUACAACAUGACCUUCUACAACGGCUGCGCCUACAACGUCACCAGCCCGCUGCGCGUGUACCAGUGCGCCAACUUCGGCAACGUGUGGGAGGGCAGCCUCGACAACCCCGCGCCCAACCCCACGCAGUACCAGACAGGCGACAUCUUUGUGCAGUCCUCGAUGGGGUACUGUGAGAUGCGCAUGAACCGCGGUGCUACCGGCACUGUGCAGAUGUUCCCCGGGGAGACGGUCAACAUUCUGUAUGCGUGGACCAGUGACUGGCGCCCUUGCGCGUCGGAGCUGCGCUUCAGCAACGGCAACAGCUACUCCAUGGCCGACGUCUCCGAGUGCCAGGCUGCUGCCGUCAUCUAG